AUGUCGUCGUCACCUUCGCAAUACGCAAUGCCUACUCCACAACCGUAUACAAAUGAUUCUUCAAUUACUCCCACAUACCCUAAUGCUUCCUAUGCUCCAACCCAACAACCGUCUCGGCCCUUUUCAUCAACGACUCCUGUUGACUCUCAGACCGUAGAAAAGAGUGAAAACAGUGGCGAUAUCAGAAGUAGAACCACUAGGGGGAAGACAAGAGGGGAGAAUAACUUUGCAACUAAUAUGUGCUUAUAUGGAACUUCAUUGAACGUUAUACGUUCUUCUCGAUAUGAGGAGACUGUGAUCAUAUUAAUUAUCAUGAACGGUGAUGAAGACACCGGCACAAAAGAGAAUCACGAAAGCCAGUGUCUCUGUAUUCUACAUGAAGAAUUAACGUUGAUUAUACCGGAGAAGACAAGGGGAACGUUAUAA